UACUUCGUAAAAUCUGAAGUGCAUUCGCCGUUUUCGCUGAAGAAUCGUUUUUCAAUUGUGGAUUCUCGUUGUAUUACACGUGGAGAAGAUGUAAUAUUUUUGAGAAGGAAACCUCCACCGCGACGUUCCCUUAAGGAAUAUAAAUACGAGAAUUUCGUAAAGCCUGGCUUAGUCCAAAAGGGUCAUUACCCCGGUGUGAAAUUAGAAAUCAAACGCUCACCAAGCAGCUCGGAUCUGCCAUUCAAUGGUACACUCAAAAGAUCACCAACGGCCGAGGAACCUCGCCAGAACGUUGUGACUCCAGAUGUUAAUGCUGACGUUUGUGAUGAAUGGUUGACUACCUAUGGAGGAUUUCGUGCUUUGCCGGAAGAGGGUCAAAAUGCUCUGGAGAACGGCAACACCACUGAGGUACUAUCACCGCGUGAGCCAACGCCAAAGAGGCACAGUUCGGUGGCGGUUUCUGAGAACGGGAGCAUAGCUCCAGAUUCCAUGGAUGACAGCUUCAAUGACGAUGUGUACUAUCCUGACGAUAGCGGUGACUCAUGUAAAAAGGAUCGUUUCAAGGAUAUUCGACCUGAUGAGUUCAAGGCGCUAGGGAUCGACGUGAAAAGUAUUGUACCAAAGAAAGAUUUCUAUGCGAUGACUAGGGAGGAACGAGCCGCUGCCGUUGCUGCCGAGUUUGAGGCAAUAGAUGCAUUGGGGCCUAAAAAGGAAGACGGCUACCUCAUCACUACUGUGGGUUUCUCAUGUCGCGUGAAUCCGUAUCAUUUGAACACUGCUAAGAUGAAACGAGUGAUGAAGUCCAUUUUGUCUAAUCCUCUGCUUGCUUACGACAAGGUACUUUAUACGAGACGGGCAUUGUUAGCCCGACGCAGAGCUGCGGAACGCCACAAAAUCCUGAGGGCUGGUCCCGAGGUGUACUUCAAGAAACUGGAUCGUACUCUUGAUUCCAGUUUAGGCCCUAUCGCAGAAAAAAUACUCGAGGAGCAUAAUCCAAUGGAUAUUACUGCCAUAGGUAAUAGCGAUGCUCCUUGCACUAUUUAUAGCCUUCUAGGAGAGUUUUACCUAUCAGCAAUCACUCAGAUCCUAUUGAUGUACUCGAAGCUGUUACUUAUCGCAAUUUGGACGACAUGGGUGAAACCGACGAGGCAACUAAAAAUCGUUAUGAUUCAACCAGCGCUGGUGUGGAAGAAAGUAUGCGACGAUUUGCAGCAGAAGUCCGUCAAGCGGAUUUCAAAGUUCAAGUGCUUGCCACGAAGAAUGGGAAACUCAGGAAAAUAUGUGAACGUAGCUAAUGCUCUGGCUGUGACUCUGUAUAUGUGCAACGAAAACACGCUCACUUUGUUGCAAGAAAGAGACGAUUCUGCGGACAAGAACAUGUCUGUUAAUGAAGGUGAACCGUGGAUGGGUAACUUCAUAAUCACGAACGCUCCAGAUCUACCAUCAUUAUUAGGUCAAGAUCCUGGAACUCGUGCUAUCUGUAAUGCUAUCGAAGGUGCUGAUAACAGUGUUGAUAAUAAUCGCAUUUUUUCGUAG